AUGGCGAGCUGGGCCAGAGACAGAACUAACGUCUUCCAACGCAAAGACGCUCACCCCGAUACCAUUGACCAUCCCGGGUACGGCCAUAGCCAGCGACCGUCGAAUGAGCACUCCGGCCCACACGACGCGGAAAAGGGACCACAGCGCAAUGAGAAUGACAGAGGGCGUCUGUUGGACGAGAAUGGCAAUCGCGUCAACCACAAGGGAUACCGCGUUACCCGUGGCAUUCAGCCCGAUGGAGAGAGUGGGCGCAGUUGGGUCAACCCGCUGAAGAUGCUGACCAUCUGCUGGCGGUCGUCGUGCACGGCCAGCAAGUGGACCAAUGUUCUCUGGCCCUUCACCAUCGCGGCGCUGGUCCUGUACUUCCACUACCCGGAGCAUCAGCUCUGGAUCUUCAUCUGCUCAUACAUCGGGAUGGUGCCGGCCGCGAACUUGGUGGGGUUUUCCGGACAGGAGCUGGCGAGGAAGCUGCCAAAGGUUGCGGGUGUCAUGCUGGAGACGACCUUGGGAAGUGUGGUCGAGGUGAUCCUGUUCAUGGUGUUGCUCGUGCAGGGCAAGGAGCGGAGCGUCGAAGAUGGCAAUGUGCCUGUCAUCAGAGCCGCCAUCUUGGGUUCCAUCCUCGCCAAUCUGCUGCUGUGCUUGGGUGAGUCCACCAGAGCCUGGCCUCGAGAGAUACGACUAACGCGAAAGAUCCAGGUCUCUGCUUCUUCGUCGGAGGCAUCUUCCACCCGCAGCAAACCUUCCACGAGGCCAUCUCCGAAGUGGGUUCUAACCUAAUGCUCGUCGCUGGCAUGGCUCUCAUCAUUCCAUCCAUCUACUACAACUCUCUGUACGACCGUCUUGGCAAGGUCGCUGCACAAUUGGACUCCACCAAGAUAUCGCGCGCCACGGCGAUUGUGCUCCUGAUAGCCUUCGUCUUCUACGUCUUCUUCCAGGCACGAAGCCACCACGGCCUCUACGAAGACAUCCUGGAAGCCGACGAGGAGCGAGAUCACGACCGUCACAAGGACCUUGCCAAGGACAAGCUCACCCUCACCGAGAGCAUCCUGGCCGUCCUGCUCUCCCUGAUGUUUGUCAGUUUCAUGGCCUUCUUCCUCGUCAAGGAGAUUGAAUACAUCGUGGAAGAGCGACACGUCAAGGACGCGUUCGUCGGCCUCAUCCUCAUCCCGGUGGUGGAGAAGGCGGCGGAGCACAUCACGGCCAUCGACGAAGCCUACGACAACCAGAUGA